UUUCUAUUUUCUUCUCUCGUACCAUUCGAGCCCAACGACAGCCCAACCCAAAUCAUCAUCAGAGCCCAACCUCGCCUAUUCUCUUACCCGCUUACGGUCUUCUCUUGCCCUCCCUAAGCACUGCAUAUUAGACACUCAACCUUCCCGCUGCCCAAAAGUUUUCAAGAUCUCCCCCUCCGCCAGGAUCAACUCGGUUGCACUGCUACCCUGCUCUGUGCUACCUGCUGUUGCCCAACCCAAGCAACAAACAAUCACGACAAGACGCUCCAGGACCAGCGUUCAAUUGAUUUUUGCCACUGGACUUUUGAUCCGCAUCUGUCACCAGACAGACGCCAGCAUUGAUUUUGUGCUGCUCAUCAAGGGAAACACCCAUCUUCGCCUUGGUUUGCUUCCUGCUUCCUUGCCGUUGGAAUGGCCCUUGUCUUGCCUUGUCCGGACACAAUGCCAGGUUUCAGCCACCACGAGAUGGACGAUGUCCACACACCCGCCAGGUAUUUUCUACUCCGUCUUUCUUUGCGUACCACCUUGGGAGGCCCAAUUUUGCAUUUUCUGCCAUAUUUUUGUACUAGCCCGCUUGUGGGUUAGAUGUUACUGUUUUCAUUUGUCAGUUUUUUUAGUGCAGUCGACCACAUCACAGGACCACUUGCCACAGGAUAUUUCUCGGACCGGACCAAUGCGUACCUGUUAUUCCCGUUAGGAUCAGGAUCUUUCUGCCCGUGCCCACGGUCAUACAAGUCCCAGGAUUCAAGGACCCAUGGAAACACUGCAACCCAAGGAUGGAACCUAUACAGCCCAAAUGUGCCCAGGGAUCACAGCACCGGGCUCGUUUGCCCCCAGAGGCUUUGCUCCAGGCAAGCCUACUCAGGAAGUCUGUUCAUGGACAAGGCUGCAAAGCUCAUUACUAGACCUGACAGACCAGUCGUAAGUAUCACCCUCUGGAGUUCACACCCGUCGAACUACUCACCCAGCCGUGACCCUAUGGAUCCUUGUGGAAUACCUGUGACAACUGUCUGCAUGCCCGGAGACCGGAAGAGUUUAUGAUGAAUCUGGGUCAUGAAUCUCAUCUAGGCGGGACCCUAGGACCAGUUUACCUUGAGGAUUAUCUCUGUCUUGCUGUCUGGCCUGACAUUCUUUCUACCUGGACUUGCCAACGGACCCCUGUCAACAUUUACCUGUUGCACUUGCACAUGAGUUCGGCCUGGGAAGACUGCCUGGCUUGAUAUGCACACUGUCUGCUAGACAGAUGUAGUGCUGCAUGCCCAAAGUCUGAAAAGGCUGUUCACUUUUGUGGCGAUCUUGCAUCGAUUGCCUCUGUGCUACACCCCUGUUUCGCUUUGACGAGCCGAGCCUGGAGGCUUCAAUCCGGAUGCUACAUUUUCCCCCGGAUUUUCUCGGGCGCUGCCCUUUGCCACGGAAACUGAGGAUAUCUGCACACUAUUGUCGCUGACUAGAUGUGUUUGAUGUCGCUUCAUCUGAGGUCAAAGCCCUCAGACAUCACCCGGACUGCUUAUCACCAUGCCUGGAUUAUAUUUGAGGACUGCGCUUGCUAUCUCUUGCUUUCAUGCCGGAUGCCCAAGGACCGUUUUGGCCAUUACUUUGCUCAACACUGGAUAAUACCCCCUGGCCGCUGGCCAACUAUCAGUUCGGUUGUUUUGAGCUUGUCUUUUUUACCCGACAUUGACGGACCUAUGGAUUGAGGCUGCCACAAUAUAAUGGACCACUGGAUUUUGUCGAUAUUGUCUUUUUUAGUGGCGUCACCUGGUGACCUCGCCCUGGAUCAACCUCAACUACUCCCACCUUGGCCACAUAUUUUUACGCGGCCAGUGACUGAGUAGCUGGCUACCUGUUUUUUUCUUUCGGACCACCCUACGGAUAUCUGGACUGUUCAUGAAUUUUUUUUCGACACGACGUGGACAAAGCAAUCAGCCUGGUUUGUGCCCAUCUACUCCUCAAUCGUGUGUAACCGCACCAACGACUAACUCAUCUACCUCGCGAUAGGGACAAAGUUGUACCAGUCUGAUAAGAUCUUGGAAGUACCGGAUCUUGAGGCUGUCUUGAACUUGAAUUUUUGGGACCAACACAAGAUGGAGGCGUGCAGCAUACUAACAUUUUGUUUUCUAGCGAGUUCAGUUAUUCGCAGAAUUUGAUUUCUUCUCCUGUCACUGGAAUGUUCUCUUCGUUCUCCCAAACAGGACCAGGUGACCUCAACGGGUCCGUCUGGGAGUCAACAGUCGAAGGCACUCAGCACUUCCCUGAUUUCCAGGAAAGCGGAGCAACAGAUGCGUUCUCCCCUUUCAGCCUGGGACAGGUCACUACAAGCCAAGGAGAGGAGCCAAUCGAGGAUUUCCAGAACAAGUGGGCUAUCCCUUCUGUUCAGGAUGCGACGCCUGUCGCCCCUACUUCAGCGCCCAUGCGCAGGAUAACUUCUGGUAGUUCCACUGGAAGCCACAGACGCAGCCGUCCAUCAAGCAGGUCACAGAGGAGACUGCGUGUCACGCUUGCCCAAGCGCCUCAGAUAUCAUAUGACCAGCUUGCAGGCAAUGCUUCGAUGGCGGCUGUCGGCCAGUACAUGGAGAUGGAGAGCACACUUCCUGUUACCCAUGCCUUUUACUCCGGACUUACCUCCACUGGGUUCUCUCCCGAUGCCCUGGCCUAUGGACCCUCUAUGGCUCAUGCCCUGCAGCCUCACGUGAACCCUACCUGCACUCAAAUGGAUCUUGAGCCCGGCUUGACUUGCCAGUCACCCAGCCACUCAUGGGACUCUGCUUCCAGCACUGGUUUGGCGAGGACGCCAUCCCCUGGGGCUGUCGACGAGGCUUGGAUUGCACCGCAGCUGGUCUCGUCGCCCACGGAUACCACAGGAUGCUCACCAAUCUUCCACGGUCAAUCGCCUAGGUUGAGCCGGAAAUACGCAGCACACAUGCCCCUUGAGGGACCUAUGAGCGGACUUCAUCCCAAUGGAUUCCCUGAUGAGUUUUCUCUGCCGCCAGCGUUCGCCGCCACCCGCAUCAGCGGUGCUGAAGUCGAGUCACCCCGUGACCACGAAUGGUACAAGGCUGGCCCCCGUGCCGAUGGCCUGUACCACUGCCCCUUGGAGGGCCAGGAAAACUGCAACCACAAGCCCGAGAAGCUCAAGUGCAAUUACGAUAAAUUUGUGGACUCCCACCUGAGGCCCUACAGGUGCAAGCAGGAGGCUUGCGAGAACCUCCAGUUCUCGUCAACGGCAUGCCUUCUCAGGCACGAACGCGAGGCCCACGGUAUGCACGGUCACGGCGCUAAGCCCUAUCUGUGCACGUACGAGGGCUGCGACCGCGCCCAGCCCGGCAACGGGUUCCCUCGCCACUGGAACCUGAAGGACCACAUGAAGCGCGUGCACAACGAUGUUGCGCCGGCACAGUCCUCGUACGCCGCCGGAACCUCGCCCCCAUCGUCGUCGACCUCGAGCCAGGCCCAGGCUGCCAAGAACCGCAAGCGCAAGAAGGAUGAUGUCACCGCCAUCUCAUCGGGCGUUAGGAAGUCCAGCUCCAAGGGCCCUACCUCGGCCCCAACUGCCUCCAAAGUCGAGAAGCGCUUGGCAGAAGCGGCCGAAAGGUGGUACGCUCACCAGCACAGGCUUUCCGAUGUCCUCUCGGGUUUCACCCAGCCCGACGACCCACUCAUGCUCCAGCGCCUCCGUGACGCCCAGGAGCAGCUGGAGGCCAUGACCAAGAUCUCUGCCGGUCUCGUCCAGAAGAAGCCCAUGAAAGCUUAAACUAUUUUGUUCUAGCUGUAUUUCGGGAGUCUUUUCUUCUUCAUUCUGACAUUUAUCGUAUCCCUGUAAUUUGUUCUUUUUCCUAUUCUUUUUUCUUCUUUGGCUACAUUGAUUGGAGUUUUGGGGGAAGUGAGGGCAUACCGGGGCAUCUGGAUAUUCGGAUCACGGCGAUUUUGGCGGGUCUGCUUAACUCUGGGAUGAGUAGAGGGUUUUACCUGGAAGGUCGGCCUUCCGUUUUUUUUCGGCGAAAUUUGGGGUACAUUUUAUUUUCGGGGGGUUUUUUUUGUGCUUUUUUUUUGGAUCUCAUACCCCCUACUGACGAAAAUCAGUUUCAUGUUAUUGUUUUCGUUUUUUGUCUUUUAUUUGAAACAUCUACUCAGAGAAAUGUUUUGAGUUUUGGUUCACUUUACAUACCCUUACAUACCUUGGCUCUUCGUUUUAAGCCACGUAGAUGUUGAUGCUUUGGCCUCAGUGGCUGAAGCUGCUUAUACAAAAGCAUACAGACAGA